AGAGUCCAGCGGGCCUGGAGAGGAGCGCCGACCGCGAGGCCUCCACGGGUGAGGGAGGCUGGGGGCCGGGGAGCGAGAGCCGGGCCGCGCCUGGUGUCCAGGGGGCCGUCGUGGGCCUGCCUUCACAUUUAUCAAACAGGUGUGACCGCUGUCCCCGGGCAAGGAGAGCUAGGCCCGGGUGGGAGGUGUUUGUUCCGGGAGCCGCGCAUUUAGCCUCGCCAGACCUUACUACAAAGAUGAAACCUGAUGAAACUCCUAUGUUUGACCCAAGUCUACUCAAAGAAGUGGACUGGAGCCAGAAUACAGCAACAUUUUCUCCAGCCAUUUCCCCAACACAUCCUGGAGAAGGUUUGGUUUUGAGGCCCCUUUGUACUGCUGACUUAAAUAGAGGUUUUUUUAAAGUACUAGGUCAGCUGACUGAAACUGGAGUUGUCAACCCUGAACAAUUUAUGAAAUCUUUUGAGCACAUGAAGAAAUCUGGGGACUAUUAUGUUACAGUUGUGGAAGAUGUGACUUUAGGACAAAUUGUGGCUACAGCAACUCUGAUAAUAGAACAUAAAUUCAUCCAUUCCUGUGCUAAGAGAGGAAGAGUAGAAGAUGUUGUUGUUAGUGAUGAAUGCCGAGGAAAGCAGCUUGGCAAACUGUUGUUAUCAACCCUUACUUUGCUAAGCAAGAAACUGAACUGUUAUAAGAUUACCCUUGAAUGUCUACCACAAAAUGUUGGUUUCUAUAAAAAGUUUGGAUAUACAGUAUCUGAAGAAAACUACAUGUGUCGGAGGUUUCUGAAGUAAAAAUCUUUUAAGAAAGACAUUUGUCAAAGGAGCUAAUGCAACAAGGCAAUACUCUUCUUAGAGUUAAAAUAUUUUGUUGCUGCAACCCAGUGACCUCCAUAAAUACUGGAUUGAAAAUAACAUGGUAAUUCAACAAGUAUAAUGACACUUAGAAGAUUACUUUGGCCUGUGGGACAUGCUGUGAGUUUAGAUUACAAAUGAGUCUUAUAAAGGGGAUGAUUUUUAACCAAAGGAAUAUAUUUUUAACUUGAAUCUUUUCUUGCAUUGUAUUUUUCUAAAGUUUGGCUUCAUUUCUUUGUAGUUAAGAGUAUAGGUAGUAUAGUUAUGUGUCUGCAAUCUGUACCGCUCAUUAAAAAAAAUAUAUAUAUACCAUAAAUAAGGCUAUAUCACAUUCACAAAAUUAAUACUUUUGUUUCAAUCAGAGAAACACCAAAAAUCACUUAGGAGUGUUAUCAUUUUUCCAUUAUUACGUGAAAUUGGGUAAGAUAACUAAAUGUAGUGCAGACCAACAUUUGUUGGUCCUAAUACUGAAUUGGCAAACAACCUGGUUAGCCUUUUCAGUAAGUAGAAAUGAAAAUUAUAAAAUGUGACAGGAUUCAAAAUAAAACAAUUUAAGUGUACAUCUGAAAGUUUAUAUAAUUCUUAUGCAGUUAAGGUACCACCUGUCUUAUAUGUGAAAUAUAAUUAUUCAUUUGUUUAAAAUACCUAAGAGCAAAUACAAGGUACUUUUUAACAGUGAAUGAGCAAAUCUUGGCAUAUUGUGUAUUUCUAACCUGAUUUCUCAUCUUUUCAUUGAUGUCUUCUAAGUAACAUUUUUAUGAAAGAUUACAAAAUUGAGUGGAAUAUUUUAAAUAAGUAUCAUACUGCAUUUGUUAAAUCCUUGAAAUGUUGAUGGAAGCUUUUCUAUUUACUGUGAUUGUCAUGGUACUAUUAUUCUGGUCACUAUCUUGUUUUGAUUUUAUUUAUUUUAAUUAUUUUUUUUAAGUUGGAAAAUUGGAUAUUUUAUUAAUGGUUCUAAUCUUUUGCAUUCCAUGUUACAUUAAACCUGUUCAUAUGAUGAAAAGUCUUUCAUUAGAA